UAUAAUCAUAUAUUAACUCGGUAUGAAUAGCAUUAUUUCACAAUUGAGCUAGCAGCACUCACUCAAAUGACUCUCCGAAUGCCAUAGAAAUAUUUUGCUUCGUCAUUGUGGGACAUGCAAAUAUGUACAUCUUCCAUUGGUUCUUCUUAUUCUUUUUGGCAUGAUGUCUCAACUGGGACAUCGCCUUCUUAUCAGCUCGGUGUUCUCUGAUUCCUUCCACUGUAAUUAACUAAUAGCUUUCUUAGACAAUUGAUUAUUUUUUGCAUUCAUCUCGAAGAUACCUUGCCAUUGAAGGAAAGAGAAAAGGAAAUUUCCAUUUUAAAAUGAUUCUGGGUGGACCGGAAGCGAACGAGAUCGCACCCAGGCACACAAUCUACUUGACUACCCACGCGUGUACCGCUGCGGUUAUAUAGGCCCUUACAUUUUCCACCAAGAGCAGUUGAUUAUCAAUCCGUGAAGCAUCAGUUACAACGUGAUAAUAACAGAGGCGAAAAUGAUUAAAUAUCCGAUUUCAUUGCUGAAAAUAUCAUUUCGAUAGAAGGCUCAUGGUGAACAUAAAUUGUCAUUUUUCUAAGUCUUGAAGCUGCUGAACUAUCAAGCUGCUGUCGAGAGGGUUCCAUCACUCCCGGGAAAGAAACGGCCCUAAUAAACUUCAAGAAUAUAAAGGAACAAAAGUGUGGAAGUAUCAUGGAGCACUCCAACGGGAGCAGUAGUACCCGUAAGGACCGGAUUAUGCAACGACUUAAGUUGCUGGAGGAACAUCAUCGUCAAAGGAUGGCGCAUUACGAGGAAGAAAGUCGGCGGUCGCGACUGGAAUACGAAAGGAAGCUUGGAGAAAUCGAGCAGGCGGCAAAAGUAGCUGCUAGAAGAAUCGAAUUGAAGUAUAGGGCUAAAAGGAAAGCGAAGAUUGAUAACUAUAGCAGGGAAGAUGUCGGCGAAGAAAGGCUUACAGUGCAACGUUCGUUGAAUGACAAAACCCUGGCUAACCCUAUCUGCUUACCGUCUAUGCAAUUCGAUGGAACGGGCUCUGACCGCUAUAACCUCACUUCAUUCAUUCAGCCAAACAUUUCGCCUCACUCUACAGUUGUUGCCGAUGACGAUGCAGUAGUUCAACAUCCAGAAGUCGCUCGUGAAAUCACUAUCGAUUUGGUUGCAAAUCAAAUCCUUCCAGUUCCAAUGGUAGAAAAUGGUAUGUUUCGUAGCAAGGAACAGCCUACAAGUCUGCAGCCAGUAGUGGACGUCCGAAAUCAAGAAAAUCUGGAUAGUCUAGUUUCAUCGUUUCAACAGCGAUUGACAGAUGUAAACAAUCUAUCGUUGUGUGUGAACGUGGCUCCACAACCGUGCAAGGUAGAUGAGAGUUUAUUGGGAAGAGAAGAGAUACUACAGCGAUAUGACGGAAAAGCCAUGAGUCCGUAUAGUUUACCUACACAAGUUAAUAAGGCUGAUUGGUUAAUUAGGCAUGGCUUGUGUAGAAGUGGGUCAAGACGAGAGAUAGUAUUCAUCCGCCUGAUUUCUCCACCAACCGUUAUAAGUAGUGGUGACGAUAUCGGAACAGUCAGCUGCGGUUCAUACCGCGACGAUCGCGAUCAGCUGAGAUCUAUCAGUGAUAAGGGAUUCGAUCCAGGAGGAGUUCAUCCAAAUGUAUACAACUAUGUCGUAUGCCGUGUAUCGUAAGGACGUUGAUGUGUGUUCAGCAACCACACUGGUAUCGAUUCGCAUUCGAAAGAGAAGACAAAUCGUUCUAUGUUGAUUAUUCAAAAUGCUAUUCGCUAGGGUUCAACUGUUCAGAGAGAUUUAAUAUGGCUAGUGAGUUACCUGACUUGAUUAUGUAUUAUAGUGUAGAUGUGUUGAGAUCAACUAACUGAUCGCACUGGGGCUGGGAUUUGUAUUCGGUUAUUAGUUUGAUCUUGCAGACGGUGUACCAUGGAACGGAACCGAAGUUAUACAAGACUAACAAGUGUCUGCGAUCCAGGGCUAUUCUACUCGCACCACAUAUACAGGAUUGUCAUUUAUCUAUGUUCAUUCACAACGGAAUAGAUCGUUCUUUAUUCGAAGUGGCUGCAAAUCAUACCAUAAACCAUCAGCAGGUUACAAAGCUGUUCCUUAGGACAAAUUGUUGGACAGUAGUCCAGGAUGAGCAGCGGUUCCAUAAGCAAUCAAGGGAAUAUGAACAUAAAUGUAGAAUGAAAGUAUGCAACUGAGAAGCCAGAAGUACACGGGGUGGGGUAUGUUGGAAAUACCAAAGGGAUUUCCUCUUGCUUUUAGUGACUCCAGCCUUCUCCAUUACGUACUUUUGUAUAAUUGUCGUAUAAAGGGAUUAAAAGAGGAAAUCGUCAACUGAGCAGUCAUUAGAAAGAUCCUUAGUUUAAGUAUAACUAUUGAAUUCCAAGCUAAACUUUCGUUAAACAGUUUCAUUAUGCAAAAAUAGUGCUAAAUGAUGUUAGGCGAAUCGUAUCUCGGAGAGAUAGCCGCGAAACUUUUAUGUAAGUGAUAUGCGAUUAUUGUAACAAUAAAAUCAAAUACCAUAAUAAAAUUACAGUCUUGAAGCUGCUGAACUAUCAA